UUCCUUUAUAGAUUUAUCCAUUAGAAUUUCCUCUUGCGCGCUGUCCUGCAUUCUUGUUCACGUAAAGCCGUUUUCUCGGCCGUCUCGCACACGUCCGAGAAUCGGACAUCGACGCCUUUUCGCGACAGCGUACAUUCUCUGUCACGUCGAGAGUCUCGACUCUUCUCAAGAAGACACGGCGUCCACCCUUUCGUCCCUUCUCCUCUUCCCCCUAGAGCACCGAAGCGCUCGUCCUCUUCAUCGUGUAUGUGCAAGCUCAAACCUCUUCGUUUUCCUCUGAAGCAAGAACCAGUCUGCUGUCGCUGCGCCCACCUCACGAGCCUCGCGCGCGCAGGUCAGGUUUGCGAGUUCCAGCUCGAUGUUCGGCUUUUCUGGGCAUCGUCCCAGUUUGUUUCUUCCUUUCAUUUCCAGGAACGGAGCAGUCAAACAACGCGUCCGCGGAUUGUUAGCGCUUCGUGCGCCGACGCCGGUCUCCGCCCCGAGUGAAAACUGCGUUCUUGCCCGUUUGCUUUCCCUCCAUUGUUGUUUUUCCGUCUGCCGACAAACGCGCGGCCGACCAGAAGCGGCAAUCUUUGUCUUCGUUCUCAGGCUUUGACCCCUUCGUUCUUCGCUUGUCGACGGCGCAUCCAGCUCUCGAGUUUCCGCUGUUUCCCGCGUAUGCGAAGCGUCCUUGCGCGGCUUACUGUUUCGGUUUUCCUUCUCGAGGCGCUCUUUGGACUUGGGUGCGGAACGUCUGUCGAUCCCCCGACAGGAACUCGACUUGCCGUGCCUCUCCGUCUUCCGUCAUCUUGAAGAGAACGACGAUUCUGAGGUCGGGGCGCCGCGUCCAGAACGAGUUUUUGUCGUCUGCGUCGUUUCUUCUGGGGGCAACGGGGGCUCGAACAGACAAGUCACGCACACACAGAGAGGCGCGCCAUCGUGUGAGGUUUCCACCUGUCAGACAGGUGACUGGCUCGGAUGUUCUUGAUGCUGUCACACGAACACAGAAAUGCUCAAGAAACGCAGUCGGCGGCGGUCGCAAAACUCGGCAACUGAAGGAAGCGGCAUGAACUGAGGAAACGUUUCGAAGGGAGUGCGCUUCGAGAAGGACUUGCUUCAUAGACACGCUCCAGAUACUCUACUCCGGAGUGAAGGAGGAUCACAGAGCGGCUGUUCGAUAGUGCGAAGUUCAGCCUUUUCUUCCGUUCGGUCCUUCUUGCGGUGACAGCAGCUGACAGACGCGGCUGGGCACUGCCGGGGAACCACGACAUUUUGACGGGAUGGACAGUCAAGCUUCCGGCCCCGAGCCGUCGAGUUCCGCGUUUCUGUUCUGUUCUAAUCGACAAAAGAGUUGACACGACAAGAAUAGCGCGCUGCGCGCCAGUUGAGUGCACACCCCGGAGUCCACCGAACGACGCAUUUUGCCGAGAGGCGAGUUGCAACCAGAGAGAUUGUCUCUCGGCUGUCUCGCUUCCUCUCGCGGUUCCGACUGCGGUUGCUGGGCUCCAGUCCGUCGGCGUCCCCAUGGUGAACGGAAGGAACGCGUUGUUUCGAGGGAACGCGCGAAUCGCGUCGCCAGUACACCAAGAUCGUGAAGAGACUCGAUUGCGGAUUCGCCGUUCAGACAGCAGAGGCGCGUUGAGAGCGCGCCUGGAGCACAGCCUCUGCGAAGCAACGCUCAUGCCCCCCAAAUAUCGGAUGUUUGCCUCGUCUGUUGCAGGCUUUUCAAAACGUUUCGUACCACCGCAAGUCUGAGAGCUCCCAGAGAAAAAACCCAGCAAACGUCGACUGGUUUCCUGACUCCUGAUUCCGACGUUUGAUCCUUUGUUUUCGCUUUGGUUUUCUUGUGCCACCCAUGUUCCUUCCAAAUGUCAGAUGCAAACGCUUUUUCCCGCCACAGGCUCAGACAGAAAUGCAUGCGAGUAGCAGACAACGAUAGAACGUUUUUCGGAUAAGGACUUGGCUUCCGUUUCGCCUCCAGGCAAAGCCUAGAGGGGUCUGCUCAAUUUCCGACGUCUCGUCUUCGUCAGGGAUCGGCGAGAGGAAGUUUGGCGGAAGUUUUUUUCGUUUGACGUUGUCACUUUUUGGUUCCGCGUACUGCUGAAAGGUUUCUGUGGGGACUUAGAAGCGCGUUUGCGCUCGAGUACCUCGAAGAUGCGAAAGGACCUACGAAAAGCGAAGCCACUUAGGGGAAGUGGAAGUCGACGAUAAAGAACUUCGCGCCAUUGAGGGGAUCCACGAUUCCCUCCUCCCGCCAGACGAACGAUUUUUCGGAAACCUGACGAGGCUCGUGGACUUCUUCCCUUUUUGGGCGAGACUGUCUUCUCUGUUGCAGGUCGAGGUCGAGAAGAGGCUAGAUGCGUGUCUCAUAUUCUCGUCAGCGCGCAGCGGAUUUGACGUUGUUCGUGAGGAUUGUCCUCGAGAGUCGCCGACGCGAAGACUCAAGGACUGAACGAGGCGUUGCCUCGCUGUACGGUUGAAAGAGUCUUCGUCGAGCGCAAAGACACCCUUUUCAUUGGACUGAAGAAACCGUGCAGCGAACCUCUCCACAGCGGCGGUCCCCGAAGGAGCCGAAGCUGGUUGUCGAGCGAUACGCAUCUCCAUUCCAGCCUGUCGCUUCUUUUCUGUCUGGCACCACGCUGCAACAUGCAGGAGCGGAUACAUCCGAGAUUCCCCGCUUUCUCUCUCCUGCCGAGAAAGCACACAAAGAACCCAAAGACGUCGAACGACGCCAAGGAGGCAACGAAGACAGAGAAGGAGAAGCAAAAGAGACAGGGCCUGCGUGAGAGGACUGUGAAGGGAGAUCAUCAGAGAUGAUGGGGGAGGCAGGGAAGGGCGGCGCAGCCACGAGAGGAGAACCUCGGCAUUUCCUUCUUCUCUGUGCAUCUGCGACAGAUGGAGUUCUCUGUCGGAACUUCGCUUCCACGCAUGUACCUCGCCGCCGCACAGAGGCUUCGCUCGCCGCCCGCCUCGACUUUCCGUCGGCCUCGGGACUCGAGUCCGGCGAGACGUACGCAGGAGACACUGCAAGAAAAACGUCGAGCGCGAACUCAAGUGACUGUCCAAGCGAGAGGUCAAGCGGACCUUCGAGAGAGACGUCAAGUGAGAGAUCAGGUCACCAUCCGUGGAAGGAUCUGUCUCUUGUUGCCAUGGGGAAGACGCCGAUGUCUCAGAAGUCGAUUUGCGCGGUCUCUGGGCCGCCUUCGCCCCUCGCGCAUCUUGAGCGCCCGUGGCUUUCUGCGCCUUGGUGCGGACUUCACAGUGGCGAACUUGGGGGUCGCAUGCAGUCUCUCGUGACUUUGGAGAUUUCAGAAAACGGUCUCGCCGUCGUGGACUUCUCCGUCGUUUCUCCGGCCUCUUCCCCGGGGACGCAGGAAGUCCGACGAUCUGUCUUAGCCAGAGUGAAGCCUCUGGAACUGCGUCAAGUCGUCUCAGCUCGCGUGCGAACAGCGAACAAGCCUUUCGAUGAACAGGCAUUUUCCUGUGUUUCGAAGAAUGAUGACGACUCCCGACUCGGCCCAGAGUGUCGCCGUCGGUCGCCGUCGCUUCCAGGAGACGCGGGGAAAGAUCGCGCGCUUCUCUGGCCUGCUGUCUGGACGGCUCCGAAAGGACUCUCGCGCGCCAACGAGUCUCACAAACAGAGUGCGGCUUCCGCUGCAUGUGGAGCACAGGCAGCGUUCUCGAGUUUACGGUCGGGGCCUCCUCCCGCGUCUCCGCUGUCUGUGGCGUCUGGAACUCAACGCCACAACUCAACUGCCUUCGCUCUUCUUUCGCGUCCCCAUCCAGCAGCUUCUCCGCAUGCGUCGCCCCCUGCUUUGACAGCAUGUGGACGCAAGCCUGACAAGGCUUCCGAGGAGCAACCGCGGGAGGUGUGUCGAGCGUCUGAGGCCGACCCAGUUCACCCUGUGCCUCCCGGCGUCCACCCGGACGUCUCUGGAGAACUCCGCGCUGGCGAAAUACUCCAGAAAAUCCGGAAUCAUGGAGAUCAAAAUGGCGCGUGUGCGCCGGUGCGCUCCAGAGGGGGUGUGGCAGGGUCCUCGACUGUUUCCAGGGAACGGGAGCAAGGCGAAGAGGAAACUCAGACGCUCUGCAUCACGACAGAGAACGCGUUGUCAGCGCCGGAAGGAAGACGCCUCCCAGACUCGAGCGGCGAGAAGGAGAGUCACCCUUACGUCGCCACAGAGCAGCCUUUCCUCGCAGGACUCCGUGACCGGAAAGCGUGUGGUGGGGAGCCUCUGAUAACUCAAACGAGUGAGCUAGAGAGGCCGACGAGACGCCAGACAGCUGUCAGCUCAGACAGACGUCCCCCGAGAGAGAGAGAGAAAGAUAUGCUGAUGGCCGCAACACAGGAAAGGCUGUUUGCCGGGUCGAGGCACUGCGAAUCGGAAGACAUUGCGGUGGUGGUGCUGCGUCUGAAAGCAGGUGUGAAGCUCCUCGGGAGGCGCGCUGCGCAUGAAGAGAAAAGGCGAAACGCGGAGGGAGAAGCUGGAGAAUCCUCAACACCUACGGAGGACCAGUCGGCGUCCAGAGAGACAGGAGACAAGACACAAACGGCGCCAGAAGCAGCCGCGUCCGGGCAGACGUCAACUGGGGGGAAACUCCAGGAGUCUUUCGGAGACACUCGCCUGGUCGGAAGCCACGUGAACAGACAGACGACGGAGGAGGCCCGGGGCGUCUCAGUGGGAGGAGUGGAGGAGACGCGUAAGGCGAGAGAGGAGACACGGAAAGCGAGAGAUGCAGAAGAUGAAUCUGUUUUGAUCCUUGUUCUUGGGCCUCGCCUCCAGGACCUGCCGAUGUGGGUACGACGGCGCUCACAGGAAACAUCCGACAACGAGGAGACAGGCGACGCGAUAGGAGAUCAGGGACCUGUCUCGGGCGUCUGUUUUCCACCACCUGGUAGGGCCUCAAGGUUCGCCGAAGCCGCUCUCGGCGAACAGGUCGAGGACAAGGAAGAAGAAUGGCGGAAGAACACAGCAGCAGAGAACGAAGAGAACAGGAGAGGAACCAAGGAGAGGAAGAGAGAGAAAAUGAACAGACAGAGAAAGGAAGAAAAAAACGGUUCGCCUGUUAAAGGAUCGCCUUUGCAAAGUAGCGACAGAGACACGCGGGCGCUGCAUGGAGUCGAAGACAGACGGGAAACAGAAACGAGAUUAAGUCGAGAACAAUUUGACAAGUCUGUGUGCAAAGCUUGGAAUGCGCUGUGGCGGAUUCUGCAAGACUGGGUGAAGGAAGAUAAGACAGUUGCGUCCAUACCGCCUGCAUGUGUCAGCCCGAUGCGACAGACCAGAAAGCUAAGUUCCGAACAAGAAAGAGUUGUCCUCUUUAGGUCCAGGUCCACUGACUUUCAGGACUCAGAAUGUUUUAGCAAGGCCAGCGGCGGCCUCGCCCUCGUCGAGGAGCACUGCUUCGUCCAGAAAGUGUCUCCUUUCUUUGUGGGGCGCGGCGGGCCUCGCCGGAGCCACCCCGAGGAGACAGGGGAGUCCUGCGGGGUGUCAGAGGCCUGGGAGGUGCGAGACGAUGGAGAGGUCGAGGCCCUCUGCAUGCAAACGCGAGAAAAAAGCGUUGAAACGCUCUCUGGGGAGCCGAGGAGAGGAAACCUUUUUCUUACAACUGAUCGCGAAGGGUGGGCAUCUAAGGAGGUGUCGGGGGAAAUACAGAAAAAAGCUUGGACUGAUGACGAAGACGUUUUCGCCUCUUAUCUCCUGUCUCUCUUGCGCUCGGCUGCGUCCGUCUCCAAGCAGCUUCGUUUUGCUCAGUCACUGCAGGGGGUCGUCCACUUGUGGAGACUGCAGAGCCUCUCAGAAGGCGACUGGGGGGAAGCGACAGGGGCGACGGGCGACCCCACAAAAGGAGACAGUCUCUGUUUGGAGACAGCGGCCAGAGAGGGCGAGGGUCCUGUGCGAGACGCUGCUUGCGACCUGAAGGAGAAAGGUGCAGGCGAAAGUCUCGACAAUGUGAAGGAAGAGAAAAGACGACGGUUGCAGCGAGAAGGCUGGAUGGAAGCAGUGGGAGGCGAAGCCGGUGGCUGUAGGGACGAGGAAGACGUAGAACGAAUUCGAGAGGCAGCAUGUCUGUCAAAUGAAAUCCGGGCGACCUGCGGAGACACCGGAUUCGCGGCAGAGUUCGACGCAGUACAAACGGGUGGGGACGCGAAGGACGAGGAAAGAGAAACAAACGCAGACUCCAGGAAAGACGCACAAACGCGACGGGGUCCCUUGACCGUAGGACACAGAGAAGGAGAAAAGGGAGAAGGAGAAGAAGGAGAGAAGAAAGAGGGAGGAGAAGGAAAGAUGGAGAGAGGAGAAGAAAAGAUGGAGGGAGGAGAAUGCGGUGUGGAGGAGGUCAUCGAGCAGAAAAUGGAACUCGUUUCCGAGGCGCCGAAGGGAGAUCGACCAAGUGCUGUGUGCAGACGUUUCUCAGUGAGGACUGAAGAGCAAAGGAGUGUAGGCCAGAAGAGACAGUCCUGUUCGCCUGAUCUUCUGAGCGCUGAUGCUGAGCGCCGUCUCAAGCGAAACGACGACAUCGAUGACUCGAUCCUCGAUUUCUUCCUUCGCUUCAUCACACGGCAUGUGAUGACGGCGCAGCAGCGGUCGGAGUUUUACAUUUUCAACUCGUUUUUUCUGCCCUCUUUGUCCAAGUUUGGGAGCGACUACCAAGGCGCCCACAAGCACCACACACGGUGGCUGAAGAACGAAGCGGUGCCUCUGCCGCUCAAGCGCGUCGUCUUCAUGCCUGUGAACCAUGACAACAUGCACUGGUCUCUGGGGGUGAUUCUCAAUCCGUUCUCCCCCAUUCAUCCUCUCACGCGGAAGGGAGGAGCCACACCCUUCCUCGGAAAGCCUCUGUCUCCUCGCCUUCUGUCUCCUCGCCCUCUGUCUCCGUUUGGGAGUCGAGAGACAGGGCGACCCGGCGUCGGGUGCGGAGUGAAAGGCCCGUGUGUGGCAGGGAGCUUUUGGGGACGGUCUGGCGGCUUGACGAGCGCAACGGAGGAAGACGCGGAAAGCUCCGGAGCUCGAACGUCCGUUCUUUGCGGAAUUCUGAAGCGGCGCCUUCGAGGAGACGACGCGAACAACGGCUUCCUGGAGACGGCGACCUUCCGGAGGCCUCCAACAGGCGACGCCGGCGCGGGAGAGACCGCCACCAUCCUCGGAAGUUCCGGCGUCAGAUCCUUGAAGAAGCUGCGGAGGACGGGAGCUGCUGGAGAGGGAGGAAACGAAGUCCUUGGGAUGACCAAGGAGACGAAGGGAGAACAACAAGCGACAAAGCGAGAAAACGAACAGCACACAAAGUGCAAGGAAGAACAUCAGACAAACAGAGAAACAAACGACCUUGCAUGCACUCUGCCGCUGCCUGACGGAGCUCCAAAGGCUCUGCUCAUUCACCUCGAUUCGCUGCGCGUCAGCCGCCGUGCGCGUCUCUUCGGUCGAGACCAAGGCGAGCAAGUCAAAAACUUCCUAAAGAAUGAAUUUGCUGCCAAGUGCGGAUUUGCCGCUCCGCGAGACGCGAGCUACUGCACAGGUCCAUGUUGCUGGGGACUCGGAGUGCCACAGUUUAAAGCGAUUCCACAACAAGAGAACGGAUUCGACUGCGGCCUGUUUGUCAUUUCUUUUGUGUUGCACCUGGUCCUCCAUCCGGAGGCGUUCCAGGCGCUUCUUUGCCGCGCAGAGAGCAAACAUCACUUCUCGCCGCUUCCGCGUGGAACGCGUCGCUCGAGUGUAUAUGCACCUGGGAAGGCGGCCCCAGGCGCCUGCAGCGGCCCGGUGGGUUCGGCUGCGAAGGGAGAGGCGCAUGCAGACUCGCGAGAAGCACAGAACGAGUCAGCGGGGAACGCAGAAAGGAAAACCAUCAGAGUUAUUCCUUUCGCGUCUUCAAGUGAGGACGCGCUGCCGUCGACUCCAUGGUUCUCGCAGCGAGACGUCACUUUCAGACGAAAGCAACUGCUCAAGAUGCUGGCGUACAUGCGCGAACAUCCGAACUGGGAAGACAGUCCAGGAGACAUUGAACAUCUGCGAGCGUUGCUUGUGGCGGAGCCUGCAUGCAAAUCCGAACUGCGCGCAGAACGAUCUUCCUUCUCCCACCCAAGUCGCCGCCGCUGAGGCCGAAUCGUCUCCUCGGCUCAAAAAAGGGAAGAAACUCGGCGCUUGCUUGAAAGGACUGUCUCCACUCAUUCCACGAGUGAAGGCCUUUAUACCUGGUUUAUCUAGCGUUUGGAAAAACCGUUUAAAGCAUGUCGAAUCGACGCUCCAAACCACGACGCGACAACGCGUCUUCAGUGCACGGUCGCAUGCGGCUGAUGACUCGUUAGACUGCGCAAGUGUCGAGGCUCGUCCGUGAGAAUCCACGACGGUUCGGCGUCUCCACACUCAGUUUACUGGUGCAGUAGAUGAAAGACUUCUGUCAACAAGAUGAAGAAGGGCGUUUGCCGCCUGAGUGAGACGGUUCGCGUUUAGCCGGCGGAAGCGAAUGUGAGGGUGGCCGCAAAGCCGUCGUGAAAAGAAAGAAAAAGAAGGACCCAAGGACGAGAGGCGGCGCAGAUCUGUAGACAGUUUGUGGCGACUCAAGCGCAGUUGAAGUCGCCGCAACAAUGAUAGCUGAGGAGGAGGACAGAAAGACACGGGAGCACAGCAGACCGCGCCAGAGAACAGAACAGGCGAACGCAAAAUAGGAAGGGUGAAAUAGGAGGAAUCGAGUACAACAAGAGAAAAAAGAGGCCAACCCGAAUGCAGCGAGAAGGACGAGACUGAAGAGCGGUCUGGAGGGCACAGAGAAUUGGAAAGGAGAGAGAUGCUGGAGUUGAACUGAUUCUAUCGCCUGCAAGAGGUUUCGUGGUUUUUUUUCUGUACUGCAAGAGGUCUUCACCGUACCGACCUGUUGCACCUUUGAGUCUCAUCGCUUUUGCUGGCUCGAACUGCCUUAAGGUGAAAUUGUUGUCUC